GGAGACGGCGAGACGGUCACAGGCCCUGGCAUUCACUCAUGUGCUCUCUGUAUCCAGAACUACCAGAUCGUCUUCUACAAGACCCUACCCGCUUGAAUCCAAUUUUCGAGGUCGACCUUGUCACCGCAUCGCCCAUUCUCCUUGCCGUCGCACUCUUUGGCUGUAAUGCGCCUUCGCUUCUACGGAGCGUAGACCCUACUCGCUGUAUCGUGGUCUGAGCCUGCCUGCAGCCAUGAGUGAUCCGAGCCCACAAUCCGAGUCGCAGGCACCCUCUGCUGCAGCUCCGUCGCAGACAUCCAACGAUCAGCCCGCCACGAACAGUGCGCCUGCGAGUCAAACUCCAGGCCACCCAAGCUUCAGAAGGCAGCGCGCAUCUCGAGCGUGUGAAACAUGUCACGCCCGCAAAGUGCGAUGCGAUGCAGCAUCUCUUGGUGUCCCAUGUACAAACUGUGUCGCCUUUUCUAUUGAAUGUCGGAUUCCCAUUCCCAAGCGGAAAAGAGCCAGUGCUGCCCGAGCUAAAGAUGAGGAGAGUGAGACCGGCGACUCACAGCCGGCGGGCACGCCUACAGAGCCUCGCAUCGCACGGCCGCCACAGCCUAAGCCCACAGUUGGCUACAAUUCCCCCGAUGGCAUUCCCUCGACGCAGAUGUCAGAGGCGCAAGCCGCCCAACAAGCCGCGAAUAAUAGCACCAUGGCACAGUUCAUGAAGCCCAAAUUCGCUCGAGCGCCCAUUAAAGAAGCUGGGCGCGUCGCCUAUCUUGGGGAGUCGUCAAACCUAUCAUUACUCGUCCACGACCGGCAUGGUACCACGGACGUCGUUCACUACCCCUUACCAGAGAACAUCAGAGGCGCCCGCGCUCGCCUAACAGAGCCCGACCAGAUGGAAAUAGAGAUCCUCCAGCAGAGGGGGGCAUUCCUACUUCCACCCCGUGCGUUGUGUGAUGAGCUUGUUGAUGCUUACUUUCGCUGGGUCGCUCCUAUUGUACCAGUCAUCAAUCGAAGCCGGUUCAUGAAGAGAUACAAGGAUACAAAGAACCCGCCAUCGUUGCUGCUGCUGCAGGCCAUCUUGCUGGCUGGCUCCAGAGUCUGCACGAACCCGCAACUGAUGGACGCCACUGGUUCGACCACCCCAGCUGCAAUGACUUUUUACAAACGUGCAAAAGCCCUUUACGACGCAAACUAUGAAGAUGAUCGCAUUACCAUCGUCCAGGCUUUGAUACUGAUGGGCUGGUACUGGGAGGGCCCCGAAGGUAAGGGAGCGGUGGCCAACGAAUUUGCCGACAACCCCCGGUCUAACAUUGCAGCAGAUGUGACAAAGAACGUCUUUUACUGGACCAGAGUAGCCAUUGUGGUAGCCCAAGGAGCCGGAAUGCAUCGAAGUGUGGAAAGUUCUCAACUGAGCAGACAAGACAAGCGCCUGUGGAAGAGAGUGUGGUGGUCCCUCUUUACGAGAGAUCGAUCAGUCGCAGUGGCCCUCGGCCGGCCCGUUUCGAUUAACACGGACGAUUCCGACGUAGAGAUGAUCACGGAGGAAGACUUUAUCGAAGACGAGGGUGACCCGAACCAUGACUACCAGGCCGAUCCCGUGCACAUUCAGUUCUUCUUGCAAUAUGUCAAACUCUGCGAGAUCAUGGGCCUCGUCCUGUCUCAGCAAUAUUCAGUGGCCUCAAAAGCUCGACGGACCAACGCAAUCGAUCUGACUCACAGCGACAUGGCUUUGGCAGACUGGCUGCAGAAUUGCCCUCGUGAAGUAUACUGGGAACGCUCACGCCAUCAUUUCUGGUCUGCACUUCUGCAUUCCAACUACUACACCACGCUGUGCUUGCUGCACCGAGCCCAUAUGCCGCCAGCAACCGCAAAACCCCAUGACUAUGAAAAUGUCGACAUGGCUUACCCUUCCAGGACGAUUGCCUUCCAGGCUGCUGGGAUGAUUACUUCAAUUAUGGAAAACCUUCUUGCUCAUGACCAAGUCAAAUACACGCCUGCGUUCAUUGUGUACAGUUUAUUCUCCGCACUCAUUAUGCACGUCUACCAAAUGCGGUCUUCGGUCCCAUCGGUGGUAGCUGCGAGCCAGGAGCGCAUCAACGUCUGCAUGAACGCCUUGAAGGAGGUUUCGAAAGUCUGGCUGGUUGCCAAAAUGGUCCACACGCUGUUCGAGUCCAUUCUCGGCAACAAAGUGCUGGAGGAGAGGCUCCAAAAGGCCACCGGGAAAAAGGCUCAGAGGGCCAAACUCAACCAACGUGAUCAAGGUCAAAACCAGGCCAACGGCAAUUCGAACGGGAUCGGAAGUGCCACCCCUAUACCCGCACCGCCGCCGGCACCGCCAGCAAAUCCAGCUAAGCGCAAGUUCGACGACAUCGAUCUUGCCUUUAACGUUGGGCCGCCAGCCCCUCAAAUGUCCUACGAGCGUUCCCGACCUCAAACACCUGCUGUUACGCCUUCUCGCGAGAUCCCGCAACAGCAGCAGCACAACUUCUUGGGCUCACCUCCACUACAGAAUGAACAGUAUUUACCCCCCUCGCGGUCUCGAGGCGCGUCACGUUUGCCGUCACGAGGACCUACACGGGCCAACUCUCCGUUCAACGGGUAUUCAAUCCCUGCAACACCGCCGGACUUGUUCUUGGUCACCAGAGACUCUCCAAAUAUCUCUCAACAGCUGUGGGAAAAUUUUCAGCCCGAUCAACUGUUCCCCGACGGCACGAUUGGAGAUGUGGUUGGUUUCAGCACCAGUCCCAUUCUGAACCAUGCGGUAGAUCCUCAACUACAGCAACUGCAGGGACAACAAACAGCGAUGAACGCAGGCGGACAACCAAUUCCCCAUAUAGAUAUAUCAGGUCAGGGACAGCAGCAGCCCCAAGUAUGGCCACCUGGCAUGCAAGGGAUGAUGGGCGCAGCCAUGGAAUUGCCUGACAGCGACGGGUGGUCGACGAGUUCGCUCGGAAACGCGCCUGUGGCGCCCACGACACUCAACGUGGAAGACUGGUUCCAGUUCUUUGGGAUCAAUGGCGAAAUGGCGGGCAUGAACAUGGACGGGACGUAGGCUUUCUGUCUGGGUGCAUGUGAUGCUGGCCUCAGAGUCGAAUCCAAGGCAGAAGACAAGGCAGGCUGGCCACUAUUUCAGGGAGGACAGCCCCCUUGAGCGAUUUAGUUGCAAAGACGAGACUCUCUGUACAAAGGCGGUCCAGUGAUACGAGUCUGGCUUGAACAUUGAAACGGACCGACGGAUGGGUGGGUAUCGGAUGAUGAUGCUAUAACUAUGUACAUUCAAGAAGAGAUGAUGGAUCUUUGCGAAUGUAACAAUAAAAGUCUCGCAUAUGAUAGGUAGCUAAAUGUGUUUGGGGAACGUGAGUCUGGAUCAGAGAGGAUGGAGUUCUAGAACCACGGAUAGUUUAGAUCUUAGACUUCCGACCUCCAACCUCAGGCUAUCUCCAAGUAGAGCACAGGAAGGAGAUACGGAGUACGAUGAAGGCUAUUGUCUUGGGGGAGGAGAGUUUCCAUCCUUCGAGUCGAGUGACCAUUGAUCCAUGAGGCAGAAGAGACUUUUUCUCCCCAUGUGACUUGGUUUCUACGAGUACUCAGCUCGCAU